AGGUCAACAGAAAAGCAGCAAUAGGACAGACACUCGUUGGAUUUGAUAUAGGCUAUGCAGACACAAAUAUAAUCCCCGUCUAACGCGACCAACAUCCCACAGAAACAUUUUAUAAAGGCGCGACGCUCCUUAUUCAGAGUCACACCGUGUUUCUGCCCCUUUUUUUACGAGACAGCCAUCUUUUUCCAUCCAGAUGUUGAGCCAAUGAGAAGUCGUGCUGUUUCCAGUGAAGGAAGGAGGCGGAGGAAGGAAUGCUGCAGGAUGCUUAUUAUUAUGGCUGUCAAACCCAGUGGCGAUUAGAUAAAACUUGCUUUUUCAUGAAAUAUUUACGAGGAUGCUAUGCACCAUGUCUGCUGCAGCUGUCGCGGUAUGGCUUGGUACGGUUUACAUUGUGCAUGCCUAUGAUGUCAAACACACCGCUUUUCAUGAGAGAAAUGGCCAUAUGGAGCGAUCCAUUGGCUUGAAGCAGAGAACAGCCCUGUACAGAAAUGUGGUCACCAUCUUGUCGAGAUCGCAUGCAGACCGUAACGUCUACCCAUCUGCAGGAGUUCUGUUCGUCCACGUUCUGGAGAGAGAGUAUUUCAAAGGAGAGUUUCCUCCCUACCCGAAAUCAGGUGAUGCCAGCAGCGACCCGAUCACUUUCAACACCAACCUGAUGGGCUACCCCGACAGGCCAGGCUGGCUGCGCUACAUCCAGAGGACCCAGCACAGCGACGGAGUGCUCUAUGGCUCCCCCACCGCAGAACAUGUUGGCAAGCCCUCAGUCAUAGAGAUUACUGCCUAUAACAGACGCACUUUCGAGACGGCGCGGCACAACUUGGUCAUAAACAUCAUGGCCACAGAAGAGUUCCCUCUGCCCUACCAGGCAGAGUUUUACAUCAAAAACAUGAAUGUAGAGGAGAUGCUGGCCAGCGAGGUGUUGGGGGACUUCCUGGGAGCGGUGAAGAACGUAUGGCAGCCUGAGCGCCUCAACGCCAUAAACAUCACCUCGGCGCUGGACCGUGGCGGCCGUGUGCCCCUGCCCAUCAACAACCUUAAGGAAGGAGUGUAUGUGAUGGUUGGCGCUGAUGUUGCCUUCUCGUCGUGCCUGCGGGAGGUGGAAAGCCCACAUAACCAGCUGCGCUGCAGUCAGGAGAUGGAGCCGGUCAUCAGCUGUGACAAGAAGUUCAGGGCUCAGUUUCACAUUGAUUGGUGUAAAAUCUCUCUGGUUGACAUCAACAAAGUGGUCCCCGUAUACAUUACCCGUCCCGACCCGGGCACCGGGAUCCUACCUGAAUUUGGGGAAUACAGCCCCCCUUCUGAGUCUCUGAUGGGCCGUAACUACUUUUCAGACUUCCUUAUCACACUGGCUGUUCCCUCCGCUGUGGCACUAGUUCUUUUCUUCAUCCUCGGCUACACUAUGUGCUGCCGUCGGGAAGGGGUGGAAAAAAGAAACAUGCAAACACCAGACAUCGAGCUGGUUCACCACAGCUCCAUCCAGAAGUCCACCAAGGAGCUGCGGAACAUGUCUAAGAACCGGGAAAUCUCCUGGCCCCUCUCCACCCUGCCCGUCUUCAACCCAGUCAGUGGUGAGGUGGUGCCACCCAUCCACCCAGACAACUAUGAGACCACCAGCAUGCCCCUCAUGCAGACACAGACGAAUCUGCAAAACCAGAUUACGAUACCACAGCAGCGGCCAUCAGGAGAUAAUUAUGUCAUGUCAACAUUUCGAAGGCUGGAGGUAAAUGGUAUUCCUGAGGAGAGAAAGGUGGCCGAGGCACUGAAUUUGUGACCAGAGACAACGGGCGUUGGUGCCGACUUUGAUUUCAUAUCUAUAUCUUUGUUUUUUUCUAACAUUUGUGCCAAUCUGCAUGCGUCAGAAGUGUCUUUACAAAGAUGUAUCAUCCAUAUGCACUUAGGCUGAAUCUCAUUUCUCUGUCUUACACCUUCCCCUUAGUUUUGCGCGUUCAUGUGAGAGUAAGGGCUAUCCCAAUUCUCGUUUUGAUCGAGGGAGUAGGGCUAAGGGGAAGGGCUAGAUACCCCUUAAAACCAAGCAAAGUCGUGAGCUUACUUGAAAGCAAGGGGUACCCGGAAUACACUGCAACUGGCAACAAUGGUGGCCAGAUCGACCACCUUGAAGAGUGAGUGUGAAAGAGAUCAUAAGAGCUUAGCUGAUUAUAAAAGAAUACAUACAAUAUUUUUGAAUAUUUGUAACUAUGUUUGUAUUUCUACUUGCUUUGCACAAUGAACCUCUUAAGAGGAAAAGGGAGUUUUACAUGGAAAUGCUUUAGUUGUCAUGUGUUAUUAAUUAAAUGUAAUGUGUCACAUGAUAAUAAAUUAUUUCAAAAUAAUGUUUUUACAGCAA